AUGGCGACGCUGUGCUUGACGGUGAACACAGGAGAUCCUCCCUUGGGAGCUUUGCUGACAUUGGAACAUGUAAAAGACAUAGUCAGUAUUUCCGUUGAAGAAGGGAAAGAGAAUAUUCUUCGUGUUUCUGAAAAUGUGGUGUUCACAGAUGUAAAUUCCAUACUUCGCUACUUGGCUCGAGUUGCAACUUCAGCUGGGCUUUAUGGUUCUAACCUCAUGGAACAUACUGAGAUCGAUCACUGGUUGGAAUUCAGUGCUACCAAGUUGUCUUCACGUAAUCUGUUUGCUUCUGCAACCAACGAACUCAAUCAUUGCCUCUCUCUGAGAACAUACUUGGUUGGAAACUCCUUGAGUUUAGCAGAUUUAUGUGUUUGGGCCACCCUCAGAGGAAAUGCUGCCUGGCAAGAACAGUUGAAAGAGAAUAAAGCUCCAGUUCAUGUGAAGCGCUGGUUUGGGUUCCUUGAAGCCCAGCAGGCCUUCCAGUCUGUAGGUUCUAAGUGGAACGUCUCAACAACCAAACCAAAAGUGGCACCUGAGAAAAAACAAGAUGUUGGGAAAUUUAUUGAGCUUCCAGGUGCAGAGAUGGGAAAGGUUACUGUCAGAUUUCCUCCAGAGGCUAGUGGUUACUUACACAUUGGGCAUGCAAAGGCUGCUCUUCUGAACCAGCACUACCAGGUUAACUUUAAAGGGAAACUGAUCAUGAGAUUUGAUGACACAAAUCCUGAAAAAGAGAAGGAAGAUUUUGAGAAGGUCAUUUUGGAGGAUGUUGCAAUGCUGCAUAUCAAACCAGAUCAGUUUACGUAUACCUCUGAUCAUUUUGAAACUAUAAUGAAAUAUGCAGAGAAACUAAUUCAAGAAGGAAAGGCUUAUGUGGAUGAUACUCCUGCUGAGCAGAUGAAGGUGGAACGUGAGCAAAGGAUAGAAUCUAAACACAGGAAAAACUCCGUUGAGAAAAAUCUACAAAUGUGGGAAGAAAUGAAAAAAGGAAGCCAAUUUGGUCAGUCAUGUUGUUUGCGAGCAAAAAUUGACAUGAGUAGUAAUAAUGGUUGCAUGAGGGACCCAGCCCUUUAUCGAUGCAAAAUUCAGCCACACCCAAGAACUGGAAAUAAAUACAAUGUUUAUCCAACAUAUGAUUUUGCCUGCCCCAUUGUGGACAGCAUUGAAGGCGUUACACAUGCCCUGAGAACAACGGAAUACCAUGACAGAGAUGAACAGUUCUAUUGGAUUAUUGAAGCUUUAGGCAUCAGAAAACCAUAUAUUUGGGAAUAUAGCCGGCUAAAUCUCAAUAACACAGUGCUAUCCAAAAGAAAACUCACGUGGUUUGUCAAUGAAGGACUAGUGGAUGGAUGGGAUGAUCCACGAUUUCCUACUGUUCGAGGUGUGCUGAGAAGAGGGAUGACAGUUGAAGGACUAAAACAGUUUAUUGCUGCUCAGGGCUCUUCACGUUCAGUUGUCAACAUGGAAUGGGAUAAAAUCUGGGCAUUUAAUAAAAAGGUAAUUGACCCAGUUGCUCCGCGAUAUGUCGCACUAUUGAAGAAAGAAGUAAUCCCUGUGAAUAUCCCUGAUGCUCAGGAGGAGAUGAAAGAAGUAGCCAAACACCCAAAGAACCCUGAUGUUGGUCUGAAGCCUGUAUGGUAUAGUCCCAAAGUCUACAUUGAAGGUGCUGAUGCAGAGACCUUGUCAGAGGGUGAGAUGGUCACGUUUAUAAACUGGGGCAACAUCAACAUUACCAAAAUACACAAAAACACAGAUGGGAAAAUUGUAUCUCUUGAUGCUAAAUUGAACUUGGAGAAUAAAGACUUCAAGAAAACCACUAAGAUUACUUGGCUUGCCGAGACUGCACGUGCUCUUCCUACCCCAGCAGUCUGUGUGACUUAUGAGCACUUGAUCACAAAGCCAGUGCUGGGGAAAGAUGAGGACUUCAAGCAGUAUGUCAAUAAGAACAGUAAGCGUGAAGAACUAAUGUUGGGAGAUCCCUGCCUUAAGGAUUUGAAGAAGGGGGAUAUUAUACAACUCCAACGAAGAGGAUUCUUCAUAUGUGAUCAGACUUAUGAACCUGUUAGCCCACAUAGUUGCAUAGAGGCCCCGUGCGUUCUGAUAUACAUUCCUGAUGGACAUACAAAGGAAAUGCCAACAUCAGGAUCAAAGGAAAAGACCAAAACAGAAACAACCAAAAAUGAGACAACUCCAUGUAAGGAAAAGCCAGCACCUUCUCCAAGUAACAUUUGUACAGCAGAGGAUUCAUUGGCCCUUUACAACACAGUGGCUGUCCAAGGUGAUUUGGUUCGUGAUUUAAAAGCCAAGAAAGCAACAAAAGAAGAUAUAGAUGCAGCUGUAAAACAACUUUUGGCUUUGAAAGCUGAAUAUAAGGAGAAAACUGGCCAGGUGUAUAAACCUGGAAAUCCCCCUACUGUAGUAGUAAAGAAUAUUUCUUCUAAAUCAUCAGAAAGUAUUCUGGACAGUAAGUCUUUGUAUGAUGAAGUUGCUGCACAAGGAGAAGUGGUUCGUAAACUCAAAACUGAGAAAGCACCAAAGGAUCAAGUAGACACAGCAGUACAAGAGCUGCUUCAGUUGAAGGCACAAUAUAAGUCUCUCACAGGAGUAGAAUAUAAACCUGUGUCUGCUACUGGGGCUGAGGACAAAGAUAAGAAGAAGAAAGAAAAAGAAAAUAAAUCUGAAAAGCAGAAUAAAUCUCAAAAACAAAAUGAUGGUCCAAGGAAAGAUGCUUCUAAAAAUCAAGGAAGUGGGCAGUCAUCAGGUGGGCCAGGAGAAGGACAGGGGCCCAAGAAACAAACCAGGUUGGGUCUUGAGGCAAAAAAGGAAGAAAAUCUUGCAGAUUGGUACUCUCAGGUGAUCACAAAGUCAGAAAUGAUUGAAUACUAUGAUGUAAGUGGCUGCUAUAUUCUUCGUCCCUGGGCAUAUGCCAUUUGGGAAUUCAUCAAGGACUUUUUUGAUGCUGAGAUCAAGAAACUUGGUGUUGAAAACUGCUAUUUCCCCAUGUUUGUGUCUCAAUGUGCAUUAGAGAAAGAGAAGGCUCAUGUUGCUGACUUUGCUCCAGAGGUUGCUUGGGUUACAAGAUCUGGCAAAACAGAGUUGGCAGAACCAAUUGCCCUACGUCCUACUAGUGAAACAGUCAUGUAUCCUGCAUAUGCAAAGUGGGUUCAGUCCCACAGAGACCUACCCAUCAAACUCAAUCAGUGGUGCAAUGUGGUGCGGUGGGAAUUCAAGCACCCUCAGCCUUUCCUGCGUACUCGUGAAUUCCUUUGGCAGGAAGGGCAUAGUGCUUUUGCUACCUUUGAGGAAGCAGCAGAAGAGGUCUUGGCGAUACUUGAUUUGUAUGCUGAAGUGUAUGAAAAACUCUUGGCAAUUCCUGUUGUAAAAGGAAGAAAGACUGAAAAGGAGAAGUUUGCAGGAGGAGACUAUACAACCACAGUAGAAGCAUUUAUAUCUGCUAGUGGAAGAGCUAUACAGGGAGCAACAUCACAUCAUUUAGGACAGAAUUUUUCUAAAAUGUUUGAAAUAAUUUUUGAAGAUCCUAAAACACCAGGAGAGAAGCAGUUUGCCUAUCAGAAUUCCUGGGGUCUGACAACGCGCACUAUUGGUGUUUUGAUCAUGGUUCAUGGGGACAACAUGGGCUUAGUAUUGCCACCCCGUGUGGCCAGCAUUCAGGUGGUGAUUAUUCCUUGUGGCAUUACAAAUGCUCUUUCUGAGGAAGACAAAGAAGCCUUGAUUGCCAAAUGCAGUGAUUAUCAGAAGCGGUUACUCAGUGUUAAUAUUCGUGUUAAAGUUGAUUUACGAGAGAACUAUUCACCAGGUUGGAAAUUUAAUCACUGGGAGCUCAAGGGUGUUCCAAUUAGACUUGAAGUUGGGCCACGUGAUAUGAAGAGCUGUCAGUUUGUAGCUGUGAGACGAGAUACUGGAGAAAAGAUAACAGUCACUGAAAAGGAGGCUGAGACGAAGCUUCAAGCUAUUUUGGAAGACAUUCAAGAUAAUCUUUAUACAAGGUUGGCUCCUCAGAAUUGUCUGUUUUCCUCAAAUCUUGGUCAGCCUUUGAAAUCUAUACCAUUGCAUUCUUUGACUGGUCCACUGAAAAUUGCUCAGAUUCCAUUCUGUGGAGAAAUUGACUGUGAAGAUUGGAUCAAGAAAACCACUGCCAGGGAUCAAGAUCUUGAACCUGGUGCUCCCUCCAUGGGCGCUAAAAGCCUUUGCAUCCCAUUCAAGCCUCUCUGUGAGCUGCAGCCUGGAGCCAAGUGUGUCUGUGGCAAGAACCCUGCCAAGUUCUACACCUUGUUUGGUCGUAGUUACUAA